CGUGGCUCCCGGAAGUGGAGCUCCCAAAGCAGUGUGCCCCCAGCAACUUCCGUGGCUGUUUUCGUCUUGAGGUUCCAGGCAGUCUUCUGAGAUGGCGAGCGCAGCCGCACCUACAGCGGCUGUCCCCACCCUAGCUCCUCCUUUGGAGCAGAUCCGGCACUUGGCAGAGGAGCUGCGGUUGCUCCUGCCUGGAGUGCGGGUCGGCGAAGCCCAGGAGACCACCAAGGAGUUUAAUUCUGAGAUGUUUUGGAGGAGACUCCAUGAGGCAGCUGUGAACGUGUCAAGGCAAGCCACGACUCUGACCGAGGUCUUCACUCGUCUUCCACUGCCCUCUCCACAGGAAACACAGAGGUUCUGUGAACAAGUCCAUGCUGCCAUCAAGGCAAUGAUUUCAGUAUACUAUUCACUUCCCAAGGAUCAGGGAAUCACUCUGAGAAAGCUGGUACGGAGCGCCACUCUGGACAUCGUAGAUGGCAUGGCUCAACUUAUGGAUGUGCUUUUCAUGACCCCAACUCAGAGCCCAGAGAACAAUGACCUUAUUUCCUACAACAGUGUCUGGACUGCAUGCCAGCAGGUGCCUCGGAUACCAAGAGAUAACAAAGCUGCAGCCCUUUCAAUGCUGACGAAGAGUGUGAAUCUUGUGAAGGAUGCACAUGAGGAAAUGGAGCAGGCCGUGGAAGAAUGUGACCCGUACUGUGGCCUCUUGAAUGACACCGAGGACAACUCUGAUAACCACGGUGAUGAAGACAAUGAUGGGUUGGGGUAUCCAAACAAUCGGGACUUAUAUUGGUCAGAGGAAGAUCAAGAGCUCAUAAUCCCAUGCCUUGCACUGGUGAGAGCAUCAAAGGCCUGCCUGAAGAAAAUCCGGAUCUCAGUGGCAGAGAAUGGGAAGAAGGAUCAGGUGGCCCAACUGGACGACAUUGUGGAUAUCUCUGAUGAGAUCAGCCCUAGUGUGGAUGAUUUGGCUCUGAGCAUAUACCCACCUAUGUGCCACAUGACUGUGCGAAUCAAUUCUGCAAAACUUGUAUCAGUCUUAAAGAAGGCACUUGAAAUUACUAAAGCGAGUCAUGUGACCCCACAGCCUGAAGAUAGUUGGAUCCCUUUACUCAUUAAUGCCGUUGAUCAUUGCAUGAACAGAAUCAAGGAACUCACUCAGAAUGAAAUUGAACUAGAAAAUGAAGCCAUCCUUCAUCCUUGAGGAAUCUUUUCAAGCUCCUAUUCCCGUUUCCAACCCCGUAGACAAAGACCACUACCCCUGCUACCACCACCCCUGGGAAGAUGAGGUGUCCUCCCUCCCCAAGUCAAACCUCCACUUUUGAGGUCUGUACCCCAUCUUGACCCCACUAUUGGCUGCUUGUAACUUUGGGCAAAUUAUUUAACCUCUCUGUGUCUUGGUCUCCUUAUCUGUAAAGUGGGAAUAACAGUGGUUGCUGCCUUGUAAGGUUGUUGUGAGGAUAAAUGAUAUAACGCAUAAUGUACAUUUAACACUGUGUUUGCCAAAAAUAAGCUACAGUUAUUCUAGUUUCCCUCAUUUCCCCAAAGGUUGCACCAUCAGUUUUAACCCAUCUUUCCUGAGGCUUUAGCCUUUCCCUCUCUGUUGAUUAUUUUCCUCAGAAUGAAAGCAGUUUCUGCUCUCUCAUAUUAAAUAAACAAACCAA